AUGGUCCUCGUUCGCAGCCCCCGUCGGGGGCCUGCCGCGAGCCGCGUCUCCCCUUCUUCCUCGCCUUCUCGCAUUCCUCGUCCUCCGUUUGCGUGCGCAACCCACGGAUCCUCCAGGGCGUCUGAGCAGGGGUCUCCCCACGCGUCGACCUCAACACGCGCCCCAGAGACGACUGGCACCCGUCUCGAGUUCGAGUUGACUUCCUCAGCAGAUGCCGCAGCAGCAGCGCCUCCUUCUUCUUCUGUUCUUGGCGCGCGGCGCGCCGCUGCAAACAAAGUCUCCGGCAUUCCUCUCCCGCGGCUGUCUGCGCUAGGCAGUCGCGGCGAGGACGAGAGAAGCGAGAGGGCGGAGAAAAGCCGCCGCCGCGAUGGAGAGGAGCCGACGGCGCCAGAGGACAGCCUCGCCCACCGGCGAGGGCUAGGCCGCGAUGCCUCUUCUGCUGCCCCUUCCAGCCUCUCGUCUCGCAGGUCUCUGCGGCCUGAAGCGCCUCUCUUCGGCGCGCCUGAGUCGCUGCCGCCAGACGCCUCGAUCGGCCGAAGCAGCGGCUCUCCGUCCGCUGCAGCGACCGCGUCUCCUUCGCGCACCGCCGCCGCCGACCUCGCCGCGACCGCCUCGUCGCGCGAGGGCGUGGAUUCGAGUCUAGCUGCGUCCUCUCCGUCGAAGCGUCUUCGCAAAGAAGAGGACUUUGUCUACAGUUUCCUCUCGGGGCUCCGCGGCCGCGAGGCGGAGACUUCCUCCCCCCGCUCGGCGCCGCGCCCCUCUGUAGGGGACCAACUGGGGACUGCGGUAUCGGAGAGCAGUGGCAGCCGCCGCGACUUCGAGCCGCCGAGUCGCGACCCCCUCGCCUCGCCACCCCCCCCUGUCUCCGCCGCGGGCCUUCCGCAGGGGGCCCUGCCUCCUCGAGAGGCGCCGAGGAGCGUCGCUGACGCCGACGCCCUCGCGACAGAGGCUGCGCCUCCACCCUCGAGUCUCCGCCGACUGUCCCUGCGGGCGCCGCGCGAGGGCGCGGAGAGCGAGGCUGCUUCGGCGUCGCUUCGCAGGCGAGUCAACGACGGGAGGGAGGCUGAGAAGCGUCGAGUGGAGGAGCUCGAGGGCCUCGCGCAGAUGCUGCCUGCCUCAGAGGCGCUCCGCGACUACAUGCAGCAGGCGGCGGAAGGCGCGCGAGGCAGCAGGGACCGCGACGACGCGCGGCCGCGCUUCGCUGUCCCCAAGUCGGCAGACGAAUUCCGCGCGCAGUGGAGACCGCUGGUGGAUGCGACCGUCAAGAAGCUGUGCGACAUGACCGACGAAGAAAAACAGGCUCCGUUCCCCUGUGGGGUGUCUUCUGGCGUCGUGCCAGACGAGGAGCCAGCUAGGAGACAGGGCAGAGCCUCGCGGCUUUUCCGCUGGGCGAAGGCCUUUCGCAGCGCGCCGCUCUUUUCGAGAAUCCGCUCGCCUCUCCCUGUUUUUUCCUCCUCUCAGGUCACGCGCUACAUCAUGCUGGAGGGUCGCAUGCUGCGGGCGGCGCAUAGGGCCGCGGCGUCGCUGGCUUCGCGGCGAACCAAGGCGGUGGCCUUCAACUCGGAGACGCGAGAAGUCUUUCUGGAGGAAGAACAGCUGUACGAAGCGAGUGAGCGCGAGUUCGAAGUGGUGCAGCGUGUGGCGCAGGACCAGGCGGGCGGGCAGGAGAAGCUCGAGAAGCGGCUGAAGGACACGCAGCGGAAGCGCGAGCAGGCUGAGGUUUACAGACAUCAGGUCCACAAGAAGAUGGCGGCGCUUUCCUUCACUCGGCAGAAGAAGCUACGGCUCUUUGAGGCGCUCGAGGCUGCGAAGAAGGAGUCUUUCUCGAAGGAGAGAAGCCUGCAGGCGGUCUACCAGCUUCUCCAGUUUACCACGCGGUUCAAAGUCAACAAAGUCGAGGGCGGCCUCGUCACCGGCGCACUCGUGCCUGAACAGCAGAGCGCCCUCUUCCCGCAGCUCGCGAAGACGACAAAGAACGCCAAGCGCGCCAUUCAGAACGGGCUACGGGCCGCGGGCGAAGACGAAGACCUGCCGGGACAGGAAGCCGCAGCGGAGCCUGCGAUCCUUACACUCGACUGCGACAAAGAGAACGAAGGCGGAAGGGACGCCGACGUCUUGUGGGGUCUCAUCGAGGAGGCACUCGGUAUCGCAGACGUCCCUGUUCCCCAGCUGCUCAAGGCUGCGCGAGUGGAGUAA